CCUCUCCUUCCUCUCUUUCGAUUUUGGAGAGAAAAUGGAGAAACGCUGUAUGGACUCACAAGUCAAAGGAGUCAGCACAGGGACCACCAUCCUGGCUGCCAUUUUUGAUGGAGGGGUCGUGAUUGGUUCAGAUUCCAGGGCUUCCAUCGGAGGGGAAUAUGUAUCAUCUAAGACCAUCAACAAGGUGAUUCAGGUUCAUGACCAGAUCUUCUGUUGCAUGGCCGGAUCACUCGCAGACGCUCAGGCCGUCAUCAAAGCUGCAAAGUUCCACUUGUCCUUCCACAGUGUCCAGAUGGAGACUCCUCCACUGGUGAUAGCAGCAGCGUCGGUGCUGAAGGAACUGUGUUACAAGAACAAAGACGAGCUGCAGGCCGGCUUCCUCACAGCAGGCUGGGACAAGAAGAAAGGACCACAGGUGUACGUCGUGUCUCUAGGUGGGAUGUUAGUGAGUCAGCCUGUUACCAUCGGCGGCUCAGGCAGCACUUACAUCUACGGCUACGUUGACGCCAAAUACAAACCCAACAUGAGCAGAGAGGAAUGCCUACAGUUUGCCACUAAUGCUCUUGCUCUGGCCAUGGGCAGAGACAACGUCAGCGGGGGUGUGGCUCACCUGGUGGUGAUCACGGAAACAGGGGUGGAGCAUGUGGUCGUCCCUGGCAACAAGCUGCCACGGUUCCAUGAUGAGUGACCGCCUUUGAACCACCAAUGAAAGAUGAAUUUCUUUGCAUUUGGGGGGGUGGUGGGUUGGAGAGUUUGGAGGCAUGAGCCACAACUUUAUUAGACACACUAGUUAAGACACCUGAAAAACAAGUUAAGUGAAUCUUAUGUGGAAACUGAUAUAAAAACUGUGUUCUUGUAGUAUUUGCUUUAUAGAAAUGUAUACAAAAUCUAUACAAAACUAUAAAAUUCCACUCUCAGCUCCUUAAACAUAAUCAUUUCCAUCAUAAAAUAAGAUUUUUUUUUGUCUUUUUAUAUGUCCAAAUCACGUUUUGUGUUGUUUUAA